AAAACUGUUUGGGGUAGCAGUGUCGCGCGAUACGUCAACGUGUGCGUCUCGUCCGCGUUGAUUCUUAAUGUUUUGAAGUAGCCGCGUGUCACGGCUUCUCAUCUGAUUUAUUUAAAGAGGCUUAAAAUCGCUGAUUAUUUAAAGAACGCGCAAGAUUCGGGCGUCACGGAGUUUCUCGAUUAAUGCAAAUGAACGUUGACUGACUGUCAUCACGAUUUAAAUUGAAAUUUUAUUAACCGGCUUCUUUGAAAAGAUUAGCUUCGCUUUGAAACAGCAUUAUAACGAUUGACUAUUUCACUUGGAACAAAUGUAUCAAGUGAGGUGAUGUCUUCGUGGCCGUUGGUUUUAGAUUUAUUUAUUUGUUUGGACUGUGUUACGUGCUGGUGAUUGAGUGUUCGGAGUGUGACAGUUUGACAGUCCUUUUAUCCAUAUUGGAUAAACUGAUAAGCAGACAUAAUUCGAAAAGGAUCGAUGGUUUAUCAAUAUAGUUUCAUAUGGAUUUGACCGGAUUUUUUUAUUUGAUGAUAAUAUUCGUCACGUGCGUCGUUGAUGAUUUUUGAACAAUUUAAAAAUAACGGUUUACUAUGGCCAAUGGUUAUAUAUAUUAAUACAUGUGAUUAACCUAUCACUCGAGUAAUUUUCUCGUUACAAGAUCAAAGUGACUCGGUAUUUGAGCCUUCUGUUUUUAUUAAACUUGAAAAAUUAAUUCCUCGCAAGCAUUUUACAAUAUCGAAAUUCCAUGGAUAUUUAUAAAACAGUCGUCGUAUUAUUAAAAUCGCCGUGCAAAGUGUGAAAGCUCAUUUCAAAUUUGCCGCUUUCAAACAAACGCGUCUUACUUUCAUUAAAUUCGUGUGCUUACUGAACCGUAAAAUUUUUUCUUUCUGUUUUGACUUGUGCCAACAUUAUGAUAUUUCCGGCGGGAUACAUUAAUUUCGUCGCCCCUCGUGUACCGCGUUUUACCAAUUGACUUGGCGUUGGCAUCUCCUUGACAAUUUUGAGAGCAUCCAAAGGACAAGAUGGACCCGUGGAGAAUUUCCAUGAAGUUCAGCGUCGUUCUACUGUUAUUCUUCGGCGUAGCACUAAAAGGAGGAUUUGCAGAAGUCGAAGAUCUCGAUCCUGGUGUACAAGAUUACAGCACCGAUGAAGAUUACAAUGACGUCUUCGACGCUACUACUAACGGAACCGACGUGGACGCCACAUCCAGUACCAAGACGGGUACUUUGAAAUUUGUCAGAGCCCCAAUGAAUAUGACCAAAGAGACAGGUGGGGUGGCACACAUGCGUUGUGAAGUUGUCGGAGAUCCACCACCUACCAAGAUACGAUGGAUGAAGAAUUUGGCACCGGUUCAAGAGGAGCCAGGGAGAGUGAUCAUUCGCAAGAUCCAUUCACAGGUUCACGAGCACUCAGCCAAAAACGUCGCGGGCAGUCGAUUAAAGAUCAAUAGACUCGACGUGAUAGACUCCGGAUUUUAUACCUGCUCGGCGACCAACGGCGCUGAUUUUAUUCAGAGCGAAGGAAUUCUUCAAGUGAAACCAGAUAGACACGGUGGCCGGAUAGUUAACCCUGGUGCCGAUGCUGAUAGUUACUCGCCGAUGAUCGCUCAUUUUCCAGAGCUUCUUGACGGCACUGCAGAUGGAGACAAUUUGGACAUCUCAGGGAUUGGAGUAUCGACUCCGCACAUUUCACAUUUAUCUCCAACGAAUCCACUUAGCAUAUUAUCACCAAGUCCUCAGCCAACAAGCUCGCAAUCAAGCACUGUUGACCUUACUGCACUCAGUGGCCUUAGUAAUGUCAAUAUUCAAUUGCCACCUGGCAUGACCAGCUUUGCCGGACUUCCAGGAGCAAACUCAAUGCCUGGACGUAAAGACAAUCAAGAAGGAACAUGCGAGGUGUAUGUAGGCAAAAUUUGCGCCCAAUUUCUUGGGAAUCAGUCUGUUUAUAUUCCUCAUCCUAUGACACAAAAACUGCUGGAGAAUAAACUUAUGCGAGCAUUUGGAGUCAUUAAUUUUUCAAAUGAACUUUCGUCGAACUGCGAGGGUUAUGCUAAACCAUCCUUAUGCUACUCCGUCUUCCCAAUAUGUCGGGACCCACCGAAAAUGCAAAAACCAAAGAAUUCCGAAGCUAGCACGCAACUUUUCAACCUACUCAACGCAAAUCAGGAUGAUCGCCUGCGACCUGAUGAAACGGACGGCGAAGACAGUCUGGACGAUUUCGCACGAACGCAUGGUCUUCCACAGAAACGUAGUGCCAAAUUUGGUGCCUCGAAUUUUGAAUUCACUCUUGACAAGGAUGGAAACGGACCUAAUCGGAAAAUCAUUAGUCAAAGUUACGGGGAUUCACGAUCAGCCGGAAAAAAUGGAAUGAACCGAAAACUUCGACGAAUAUGUCGUCAGGAGUGCGAAAUGUUGGAGAACGAACUUUGUCGCAAGGAAUACGCAAUUGCUAAGCGGCAUCCGGACAUUGGACAAAUAUUACCAUUGGUAGAAUGUUCUGAUUUACCUGCAGAUGAUAGUAUUGAGGCUGCCGAUUGUCUGAGUCUUGGAAUCUCUACUGAAAAUGUGCAAGAAAAUGAUUAUUGCUAUUGGGGCAGCGGCAAAUCUUACCGUGGUGUUGCCAAGACUAGCGCUAAUGGCCGCCCAUGUUUACGAUGGUCUCAUGAAUUCAAUCUACAAAUUUCUGAUUAUCCUGAGCUAGCUGGGUGGCAUUCCUAUUGUAGAAAUCCCGGUGGCAAGGAAGCCCAGCCAUGGUGUUAUGUCGAUGCUAAUAACAGAAUGCAACAAGAAUAUUGUAAUAUACCUAAAUGUGUAGAAAACUUAUGGAUCUAUGCCGUGGUUGGAGUUGUAUUAACCGGAGGAUUUGUUAUAAUUUUAAUCUGUUAUUGUUGUUGCUACAAAAGUCGAAAGUCUCGAAGACAAACAAAUCAUUUGCCAUCUAAUAAGAUAUUGACUGGGAUGCAGUGUGACAAAAAUAUUUAUGACGGAAGACGCAGUACAACUCAACCAAUGGAGAUGAGUUCCCUCCUAGCAGGUCCGGGAGCCACAACUCCUGGAACCGGAACACUAAGUAGCGGAAGUAGUAGAACGUCCAAUAAUCGCGUCCCACAAUUUACAGUGAAUAACGUCGUAUUUAUUCAGGAGCUCGGAGAAGGAGCCUUUGGAAAAGUCUACAAAGGAGAGUUACAAAGCGGAAACAAAACCGAGGCCCCAAUCUUCGUCGCGGUGAAAACUCUCAAAGAAAAUGCAAGUCCGAAAACUCAAAGUGAUUUCAAAAGAGAAGUGGAUCUUAUGACUGACCUUAGACACCCUAACAUAAUCUGUUUGCUUGGGGUUAUCUUGAAAGGUGAACCCAUGUGUAUGCUUUUUGAAUAUAUGACACAAGGAGACUUGCACGAAUUUCUAAUAUGCCACUCGCCAAGAUCUGAUGUACCUUUGAGUAAUGGAACUGGAAAAGUAUUAGAGCAGCCUGAAUUUUUACAUAUUGCAUUGCAAAUCGCAUCAGGUAUGGAGUACCUAGCCGGCCACCAUUAUGUGCAUCGUGACCUAGCAGCAAGGAAUUGUCUUGUUGGCGAAAAUUUGACUGUGAAAAUAUCAGAUUUUGGAUUAUCGCGUGACAUAUACAGCAGCGACUAUUAUAGAGUGCAGUCGAAAAGUUUGUUACCUGUACGUUGGAUGCCACCAGAAUCCAUCCUCUAUGGGAAAUUCACAACGGAAUCUGAUGUCUGGAGUUUUGGUGUAGUCCUCUGGGAAAUUUACAGCUAUGGUUUACAACCGUAUUAUGGAUACAAUAACCAGGAGGUCAUUGACAUGAUCCGCUCGAGGCAACUCUUACCAUGUCCUGAGGAUUGUCCAACAAUGAUUUACAGUUUAAUGAUCGAAUGCUGGCACGAAGUAGUAAAUCGGAGGCCGCAGUUCCCAGAAAUUCAUCAUAGACUACACAACUGGUAUACGAAUCAAACGUACCUAAGUGACUUCUGCAAUGACUCGGUUACCAGCUACUCAGGAAGUAGCCAUAAAAGCACUAACAAGACAAACUCAACACAACUAUCGGCUCCAAUCUACAAAACCGAUUCACUGAACCGGAAAGACACUACUUUCAAGAUUAACAUGGAUCCCAAUAUCUGCAGUGUAAAUGAUCACAGUAGUUCCAUUAAGAUGCUACCACCGAACUUUCAAAAUUCAAAUUCUGCAAUGGAUCAGAGAACCUGUAAUUAUGGUGAGCACAGUACACCUAUAAAAACAGUAGGUUAUCAAAACACGACAGCAAAUGUUAAUUUAAAUGAUUACAAUGACAAACUAUGCUGUUCGCCGAAAUUAAGCGGUGCAAAGAAAGUACUACCAUCGGUUCCCCAGCCGAUACCCAAAACUAAUCCGCCAAAUGGUACCAGACCUAUGCAAAAUGGUGCACAGUUGGUAGUGAGGUUACCGGAUCCCAGUAAAGUCAUGACGGAAACAAGAGUUUCGAAACGGGAUCCAUAAUGUCCUGGUAUAUCAUAAGAUUUUUCAGAAAAGUACUGACAUAGAUGGCAGCAUAGAUUUCUGCAAUCGAGAGCUAAGACAGUGUGGACUCUCUGAAAGAUGUCCUCCUUAUCCUUUGGAAACAGAAUAGUGCUCGAUUCGAUAAAAUGCAUUUAUAUUUUUGCUAGAAACAUUACGUUCGUUCGUAGCACUUUAUAUCUUUCUCCAUCGAGAUCGGUCAAGAGGAUAGGACUUCCCGGAAGUUCAAUAUUCAUGAUCCUGUUGGGUUUUUCUUUCUUUUUGGAUGAAGGGUAUUUUUCCUCAGAACUUCAUCCUUUGGUGAAACUUUUUGAGAAAGUCACAGUUCCGGUUAAUGAUGACGUCUUUUUUACUUAUAUAUUUUUUUCCUUCAAUGGAUCAUGGUACUGUGAGUUAUGAGUAUUAAAGAGUGGUUCAUUAUUGGAAGUCCAGAGAAUGCUGGAGGAUUACCCCGAAGUGAUGGUUAUUAUAUAUUUUCUCUAUAUUCUGUUUCAAGCAGAUAAAAAACGAGAUUGAUUUGAAAAUAUAGGUACUUAGUUUAAAGUACCUAAUUAUGGUAUUUAAGUGUAUUAUUUAUUUUGAAUAGGAUAUGCAUACUUUAUACACACUCUGUUCCAAGGAAAAUGUUUUACUUCUUAGUCUAUGCGUUUCACUUUCGUGUUAACGCGCGAUUGUGCGUUAGAGAAGGUGAUAGCGUUCCUUUUUUUUAAUUUUAGUUAUCAUAUAAGUUGUAUUGUUUCUUCCUGUAAUUUUCGACUGAACGCACGUAUUCCACGAUAUUUAUUGGUACAUGUUUUAAUUUUUUUCUUUUUUUAAAGAAUUUACAAGUUGAAGAGUUUACCAUUUUUUUUAUAUAGGUAUGUGGUACCGCAUAUUUAGGACGUCAGGUACUCGACGACUGUAAUUGUUUACCGAUUCAAAAUCAAUUGGCUGUAGUUUUCUGUUUUGAGAAAAUUGCUAUACAAAUUCUAUUAAUACGACUACGUGUCUCUAGUAAGGAUUUUACGAGAUUUCAUAGCAGAGAUACGUAGUGACGUGAGAAUCGAAGCGAGUGUCUUUUUAUAUUUGUAGGCAUAACAAUUUCGUGAGCGUCAUAAAUCUACGCAAAAUAAUUGACACUAAUCAGUAAUAUAUUACAAGAUCUUUUGUACGAAUCGCAUUUAAUCUGGUUAUUCCAAAAAACGAACAUUGCAAACAAACAGAUUGCUGUACAAUACCAUUGAAAGAAUCCUGUGUGUCCAAUGAUAUUCACUAUAAAAAUAUUAAAAACCAAUAAACGGCAUAGUCUUGUUUGCAAUAAGUUUCAAAAAAACAACACAACGCUAUUAAAUAAUUAGACUAAUAUUUUCCAACAUUCAUAUGAGAAAUGUAGCAUCAAGUGUGACCACGGUAACGAAAGAACGAAUAGGUUCACUGCCAAUAACAAAUGCAAAAUUUGCAAAAAAGACUUAAAAAUUAUACAUUUCAUUUCAUAAUCAGUUAAUGCAAUAUCUGCACGCAUACAAAGACAUUAAUCAUUAAUCUUAUUCCUAUGAAUUACAAUACCAAUCCAAAUAAAUGGUUUCUCCCUACCUAGAUUGUUUCAUCAUGAGAUUGUUGCUUCCCAAAAUGUAUGUAUAAAUAAUGCAACGCCAUAAAAAGAAUAUGUGUAUGGAGCAUAAAAAGGGCAGACGUGAUAAUCCACGCUCGUCCGUUUAUUUCUUCAAGUAUAUUAUCGUUUUAAACGAAGUAGCAGGAGAAGCACUCCAACGACCAUUAGAUGGAUUUCACGCCUGCCCUAAAAAUUAUUAGAGUGAACAUUAAUCAUUAAGAAACAAACUCCGAUUUAUAAGGCGCACGAAGCGAGCGAAUAAACAAAAUGAUGAAAAUGCGAGAAAUAGGGCAAUGCGUGUUGGAUACUUUUUAUAAUUUUUUAUAGCGAAAAUCGCAAGUCAAUUUCUCGCUGACGGAAAAGUAAAAAGUAACCGACAAUGGCGAUUACUGGUUGUCGGUAUUCGAAGAUUUCAGAAUCUUUCAUGGAUAAUAUCGAUCGGUCGUAAUAGGCAAUAGAAAAUGUGUACUUUUGAAACAACAUAAUAGAGAACAACCCGAAUAAGACUUUAAUAAAUAAAGUAUGACGAAUCUCCAGGGUGUCGAUUAUCUUCCUUAAUUAUUAUUAUUAUUGUAUUUCCAUAGAUUCCUGUGUCGUUGCCCACGUCUAAAUUCAUCCUAGAUGAUUCGUCGCUAUCGAGAAAUUAGGCUUAACUAAUUUAUGUGAAGUAUUUCAAUGGCGAGCGAACGAUUAGUCGCGUAAGUUCUUUAUAUAUUCAAUCAAACAUAAUAUACAAUUAAUGUUUUUGUAAAA